AUGGUGAUAGAGCUUCUCAUUGUCUUACUUUGUCUUAUUUCAGAAUUCGUUGGAACAAAUGAAAAUGCACGGAUUACGGAAACGCCUGACACUGCCACAAAUAUUUUGGAAGAGACUAUACAAAACAAUACCAAUAACUCACAUGUCUCGAAUUAUUGUAUUGAUUUUUACGAAACUGCAUGUGGAGAGUGGAAAAAACUCAAUCCUUUGUCAAAUGAUAAUGCUAGUUCAACCACUUAUCAAAAGAUGGGAAUGAACGUUGAUAACUACUUCUGGAAGAUAAUUGCAAAUGACUCCUACUAUAAAGAAGAUCGGCGCUUACGAUUAGCUCGAGCAUUUUACAAAUCUUGCGUAAAUAGUCGAAAUUCAAAAACAACACGUGAUAGUCGUCAUCAUUUGAUAGAUAAGUAUUUUGGCGGAUGGGAACUAAUACCAUCACUUUCGACGAACAUAAACAAUACAAAUAAACAAAAGCAAAAUAAAAUGAGUAACGGGCUUACCAAUCUAUUUCUACCAAUAUUAACUCAAACUGGACGUUCACCAUUAUUUUCAAUAAACAUCGCGGACGAUAUUUUUGCUGUUAUUAUUUCACCUGGUCGAUUCGCAUUUCAUCCAGAUUCAACGCAGACCACUAUGAUUGAAUCCGAAGAGGAUUACUACAAGCUUGCAUUUGAAACUGGGGUACUUCAGUCUAACAGAACACAACUAAGUGAGGCUUUCCAAACAAUGAUUCGGUUAGGCAAAAGGCCAGUCUCAAAGACAACAAACGUGAGAGAGUUUAUUACGAAAAAUGAACUACAAUACACCUGCCCACAGAUUGAUUGGAAUCACGUACUUGAAAAGGUGUUACAACAAACUGGAUAUGUAAAGUAUCAGAAACUACCAAUCGUUGUAGAACAGCGAUCUGAACUCCGCCACCGUUGCUCAGAAUACCGUGCUUUAUUGAAGAAAAGAGAUAGUGGAAGUAUACUGCGCACAAUAGCUAUUAUGGAUUUUUUACGAGAACAACAAAUGAAUACUCUGAACGUCCAUGCAUUUGGAACGGAUCAUAACUUGAAUUCAUGUUAG